CUUCCUCCCACUUUCCUUCAAAAACCUUCUCUGUUCUUCCUUCUUAUAUAUAUAUAUAUAUAUUUUUGUGUUAGCCAUUGAGCUUCACAAAGCUUCAGUUGUGCUGAUAACCAAUCUAAGGAAAGCUCCGCGUGAAGUAACUGGAAAGAGCGGCCAUGGACUCAACUUACUUGGAACUUGAUACGUCGCUCAGCUUUGACCUCAAUCUCAAUUCUUACGGAGUAACUCCUAAGAAAGAGUAUAAAGAGUUUCAAACUGAGAUUAUUAAUUCGAAGAAGAAACCUUCAGUAAAUGAAGAGGAGAUAUUAUUGGUGGAGAAGUUGAAUCAGGUGAUUGAAGAGAACAAGAAGCUAAGCGAGUUGGUUGGUGUGAUGUGUGAGAAAUAUAACAAUUUGAAGAGCCAAAUGGAGUUAUUGAGCAACAAGAACAAUGAUCAAGGGCUUGUUGCAUCCAAGAAGAGAAAGGCUGAAAGCAUGGAUAACAGCAAUAAUAAUGUGAAUCAAGUCAAUACUGAUAGCAGUUCAACUGAGGAAGAAGAUUCAUGCAAUAAGAUACCAAAGGAAGCCAUCAAGACAAAGAUCUCAAGGGUCUUUGUACCGACUGAAGCUUCUGAUACCACCCUUGUAGUGAAGGAUGGAUAUCAAUGGAGGAAAUAUGGUCAAAAGGUGACUAGGGACAACCCAUGUCCUAGAGCAUACUUCAGGUGUUCUUUUGCACCAAGAUGCCCUGUAAAGAAGAAGGUGCAAAGAAGUGCAGAAGAUCGAUCUGUAUUGGUUGCCACUUAUGAAGGGGAGCACAACCAUCCAAACCCAACUCAAGCCAAGACAGGAUUGGGUCCAAACCAUGGUGUAGCACUAGGCUCAGCCUCCAUAAAAUCAUCAGUUUCAGGUCCAUUGGUAACACUAGAUCUAACCCAACCUGGUUCAUGUAACGAUGGGAAGAAUUCUAGUCCAGAUAUCAAAUCGCCGGCGUUUCAGCAGUUUAUGAUUGAACAGAUGGCUUCUUCUUUGACCAAAGAUCCCACUUUUACGGCAGCACUUGCAGCGGCAAUUGCAGGAAAAUGGUGACAGUUUCUCUAGAAAAUAAUUUUAAUUUUUUUUUGUUAUCUGUUUGAUUGUUCAGAAGAUGGGAGAACCAUCUCAUGUAAAUAGAAAUUUGUAAGGGGAAAAAGGGGUUAAAAGAAAAAAAAGUCUUGAGCUCCUUUUCUUUUCUCAAAAAAGGUUUAAAAAUGUCUCGAGCCUUCUCUCUCUCGCGGAAGCUUUCUUAUAAUUAGCCGUACGGAUUUCAUAAAAAAAUAUAAUUAGCCGUACGGAAACCCUAAUCUCACCAUAAG